CUCUUUCAUUGAUUAUGCUGAUCAGGUGUAAUGUUAAGCCAGUCACGGAUAGUAGUUCUUUGUCUGCUGGCGGUUCUUCCGCUUUUAGCAGCGCAAGGUCAGCAGGCACGUAUUGUAUGCUACUUCAGCAAUUGGGCAAUCUAUCGGCCCGAUGUUGGCCGCUACACGAUCGAUGACAUCCCGGCGGAGAUGUGCACCCACAUCAUCUACUCGUUCAUCGGUGUGGAUGACAGCAACUAUCAAGUGUUGGUGAUCGAUCCGGAAAUCGAUCUGGAGCAGAAUGGAUUCCGCAACUUUACCGACCUGCGACAAAAGUACCCAAAUGCCAAGUACCAGAUUGCGGUCGGUGGCUGGGCAGAGGGGGGCAAGAAGUACUCACAAAUGGUGGCGGUAAAGGAACGCCGACAGUCCUUCAUCGAGAGUGUGGUACAGUUUAUGAAGGUGUACAAUUUCGAUGGGUUUGAUCUGGACUGGGAGUAUCCGGGUGCGGCGGAUCGUGGAGGUAGUUUCGGGGAUAAGGAUAAAUUUUUCUACUUCGUGGAGGAACUAAGGCGUGCUUUUGAUCGGGAGGGGCGAGGAUGGGAGAUUACGAUGGCGGUACCGGUGGCUAACUUCCGUCUGCAGGAAGGUUACCACGUACCGGAGCUGUGCGAAAAUCUGGACGCCAUUCACUGUAUGACGUACGAUCUACGGGGCAAUUGGGCAGGGUUUGCGGAUGUGCACAGUCCACUGUAUAAGCGACCUCAUGAUCAGUGGGCAUAUGAAAAGCUUAAUGUGAAUGACGGAGUUCAGCUAUGGGUCAAUUAUGGCUGUCCACCUAACAAACUGGUCGUAGGAGUGCCGUUUUAUGGGCGAACCUUUACGAUGAGUGCCAGCACUACCAAUCCCACGCUCGGAUCGUACAUCAACAAGGAAGCGGGAGGAGGUGAUCCAGGACCGUACACUAAUGCUACCGGAUUUCUGGCGUACUACGAGAUAUGUACCGAGGUGCAGGACGAGAAGAAUGGUUGGACUAAGAAAUGGGACGACGUUGGUCUCUGUCCGUACACGUACAAGGGUACGCAGUUUGUUGGAUACGAGGACGAGAAAUCACUUCAGUACAAGAUGGACUGGAUCAAGCAGAAGGGAUAUGCUGGCGCCAUGACGUGGGCAAUCGACAUGGAUGACUUCCAUGGGCUCUGCGGUCCAGAGAAUGCACUAAUGAAAGUGUUGUACGACAACAUGAAGGAUUACGUAGUUCCAGAACCUACAGUGACUACCACACCAAGGCCGGAAUGGAAUCGACCACCAUCGACAGUGUCUUCUGAUGGAGAUCAAACAUCACAGCGCCCUACCACAACCACCAACAAACCAAGACCGACAACAACCGCUGCUCAGACCACCAGAACUACUCGACGAACUACUACCACCGCCAGAACCACCACCACGACUACAAGGAAGCCUACCACAAUUCUUCCCCCACCACCACCAGACUCGGAAGAAGAUAGGGAACCAAUCCCGGUAGAACCACCAACUCCUGAGCACGAGGAUGAGUCGGAAAUUGAUUGUUCCGGAUAUAAAGACUUUGUGCCCUCGGUUGACUGCACCAAGUACUAUCGCUGUGUGCACGGCCAGCCAGUAGAGUUUGUCUGCAAACCAGGCACCGUAUUUCACACCGCACUGAACGUAUGCGACUGGCCGGAAAACGCGGACCGACCAGAAUGUCGCACCAAGGCGAAGCUGAUCGAACCACUCGCCGAUGAUUAUAAUGCGUUCCGAAGAAGCGCCUUAUGGCUAAUCGUGCUUCUGUUCUUGAUGCUAGUGAAGCAACGGCACUGUCGUUUGAUAUGUCACUACACAACCUGGUCCCAAGGUAGGGCCGAUCCCUACUCCUACCGCAUCGAGGACAUACCGGGCGAUCUGUGUACGCACGUGGUGUACAACUUUGUCGGCGUUGAUACCGAAGAGUACGAGCUGGCGAUGUUGCAGCGCGAGAUUGAUGUGGUGCAGAAUGGCUUUGGGCGGUUUAUCGAUCUGAAGCAACGGUUUCCGGAUUUGAAAAUGCACGUUGCGGUCGGUGGAUGGGAUCAUGGUGGUGCACCGUUUAGCAAGAUGGCCGCGUUUCGUAAUCGCCGUAAGAAGUUUAUCGACAGUGUGGUAAAGUUUAUGGGACGGUACGGAUUCGAUGGAAUUGAGCUGGUGUGGCUGUAUCCGGGAAGUGUGGAGCGUGGUGGAACGAACAACGAUAAAGACAACUUCGUGUAUCUUGUGGAAGAGCUGAAGACGGCAUUCUUGAGAGCAAGACAGCCAUGGGAAGUUGCUAUACAGGUGCCGGCUGAUUAUACCCGGUUCGAAGUGGGUUACGAUCAGGGUCUUCUCUGCGAGACUGCUGAUUACGUGCACAUUAUCGGAUAUGAUCUGCGUGGCUCCUGGACAGGGUUUGCCGAUGUGCACAGCCCGCUGAAGGAUCGUCCGCACGAUCAGGGCAUCUAUAUAGGACUUAACGUGCAGGGUGGUGUUAAUUCAUGGCUGGAUAGUGGUUGCGCUCCGAACAAGGUCGUGCUGGGCGUACCCUUUCUUGGCCGAACGUAUGUACUUCGCAACAGUCAGCAGAACGGUGUUGGGGCGCUUAUUAACGGACCGGGGCCUAAGGGUCAGCAUACGUACAGCGAAGGUUACCUGGGAUAUUUUGAGAUCUGUCAAAAGUUGAAGCAAAGCAAAUGGCGCACGGUGUGGGAAUCUAUCGGCCAGUGUCCGUACGCUUACCGAGGCAACCAGUGGAUCGGGUACGAGGAUGAACAAUCGUUGAAGCAGAAGGUGGAGUUUGUGAAGAGCAAAGGGUUGGCCGGUGUUUAUGCCUUUUCGCUGGAUCUGGACGAUUAUCGGGGCAAGUGCGGUGAACCGUACCCGCUGAUGAACACGUUGGCUAGUUUACUUAAGAAAUCGCAUGACAGCGACAUUGGGUUUGCAUUUGAGCGUGGUGAUUAG